UCUCUAAGAGAAAAGGAUAAAAAGAUUUCAACUUUCUGAUUCGAAUCGACAAAUAGAUCAAAACCCACAUCGGAGAUUUCGUGUUUUCUCGAAUUCGAUGGAGGUACAAUGGGUUUUGGUGUGUCACGGGAUGGUGACGUUAACGGUGGUUGUCUCCUUCCUCUGUGGCCAUUCGCCUAUUUUCAAAGGCACUCCCAUUGGAUGGAUUCACUACUUCCUCACUUUCGGCGCUUGGGAUUACUUACUGAGGUUUGUUGAGUUUGUGUUCGGUUCCAAGGGUACGGACGCGGUUCUGUCGGUUGAGGGUUUCUGCUGUGACCGGCCUAAUCCUUUACUGCAAAUCAUAUACCUCGUGAUUCUUGGAUCAACAUACUUUAUAACUGUGAAAUCUUCCUUUGUCUAUAUACCUGGAUACUACAUCGGCGAAGUUCACAAGUAUAUGAGCUUUGGGGCUGUUAUGAUUGGCGUCUUGCUUUUCCUGUUGACAAGCUUUUGUGAUCCAGGGACUGUGAACGCUAAGAAUGUUUCGCAGUACGUUUCUGCUUACCCUUACGAUGAUAUCAUUUACUCGGAGAAAGAAUGUCCAACGUGUAAAAUUCCAAAACCAGCUAGAUCCAAGCACUGCAGCAUCUGCAACCGUUGUGUGGCGCGGUUUGAUCAUCAUUGUGGGUGGAUGAAUAACUGUAUCGGCGAAAAGAAUACCAAAUAUUUCAUGGCCUUUCUCUUAUGGCACUUCCUUCUUUGUCUCUACGGUGCUGUAGCCAUUGGGUUUAUUCUUGCUGGGCGAGUAAAAGAACUUCGCAUUGUACAUAUUUUAACCACCUAUUACGGGAUAAAGAACUCUUUCCGCAGCUUAGCUCCACGUGUUUUACAGUGGCUAGUUGGUACAUACAACACCCAAAUACUUUUAUUGGUGUUUUUCGCCCUUAUUUCUCUUCUCCUUGCUGGCUUUUUCGCCUAUCACCUCAAUCUUUGCUUAACCAACACAACAACUAAUGAGAAAUUCAAAUGGAGAGAGUACACAAGUUUGCAGAAGAAGAUAAGCGAAGCAAAGGCAAGUGCUGCUGCUCUCAAGGCAGGCAUGAGCAACACCGAGCUGGAACGUCCAGCAAUGAGCAAAUGGAGGGGACUUUGGAGAAGAUCUGAGGCCAAAGCUGAGUCCAUCGUUGCCAAGCGGAAUAUGUAUGAUAAAGGAAACUUCCGGAACAUCUCAGAGAUUGUUUUCCCAUUAUCUUCAAGACAAGCUUUCCUGAAACCAUAUCAUAAAUCUGAAUAGCUUUAGUCUGUAUGUAGUUGAGAUAGGUCCCAGUUCAAAACCUUUUAUACAUCUACUCAACUUCGAGAAAAAAAGGUUUAUUGAAACUAUUGUUGGUUACCUACAGAUUUAUACAGAUCUUUGACAAUCAUCUUC